AUGACAGGAUUUCCUGAUAAUAAUGAGCUUUCAACUAUUCUUGCUCCUUUUUUUCAAACAUUCACUUUCUCUCAACUAGAGGCUAUUCUCUAUGCCUACCUCCCAACUCAACUCGAGUUUUAUAUUCAAAAGACUGGCAUAUAUGCUGUCGAUACUUUUCUUGUCACAGCAAUAGUAACGCUCGUUCUAAUUGGAGCCAAACUGUUUAUCCAUCUCAUCGGGGUGAUCUCUAAUCUUCUUCUUCUUCACACGCAAUCCUAUCGAAGAUCACGCAAUGGAGAGAUUACAGUUACUGUAGAACCAACAGCUUAUGAUGCUUACCACACCAGUAAGUCCACAUUGUCCACAUGGUCCCACAACACAAAGGCCAGAUUAUUGAGUCUCAUCACUGCUCAUCCCAUUCACUCACACGACACCACUGCAGUCCCCAAUGUUUUCCACCAGGCCCUCUCUCAUCUCAUCUCAAAACACACUCAGACAAACACAAAAGGUGGCUAUACUCUUCGGCCCAUGCUUCAUGUCGAUCAUGAUCCACUGGAUCCACCUGCAUUUCACAUGGUACCACAGCCAGAACAAGUCCAUCAUCUUGUUCACCAGGGCUAUCCAAUUUGUCUCCAAUUUGAGCCACAAAAGUCUCCAGUCUCGAACACCGGUGUUUCAGAUAUGAUGAUGACCGUAGACAAACAAAAAGAAGGACCCAACGACGGAUCGAUUCGAGUCUCUAUCGCGCCUAAUUUUUCGAAACCAGUCAAUGUUGGUAUCCUUGGGGCUUUUGUAGACAAGGCAGCUAAAGACUAUCUGGUCCACCUCGAGUCUCUAAGAAAACUCACCCGGACCCGUUAUGAUUAUUCAGCAACCGGCAAAUGGGUCCGUAUAUGUUCUUUACAUGAAGUGCAGGGACUAGCAACCGUUGCGCUUUGUCCAUCGAAUGAAAAACUUGUGAAACAAGACAUUAGCUCGUUUGCUAGCAACCAGGCAUUCUACCAACGUAUCGGGUUCCCAUAUCGACGUGGUUACCUCUUGUAUGGACAGCCAGGCACUGGAAAAACUAGCCUUGUGUUUGCAGUUGCAUCAGAGUUGAAAAGACAUAUGUACUUUAUAAACCUAAGUUACGUUAAAUCUGAUUCAGAUUUACAUCAAGCAUUUGCAAAUGUACCCGCAAAUUCUAUUGUAGUGUUUGAAGAUAUUGACACCAUGUCACCCGUUUUACAUAGACGCCAAGACAGAAUUCAAAGGCAAACCACAGAUGAUGACUCAAAAGAAUCAAGUUUCAAUCUGAGUACAUUUCUGUCGGUCUUAGAUGGCCACACCUUGGAGCAAGGUAUAAUAUUUAUGAUGACGACAAAUCAUAAAGAUGUACUAGAUCCUGCAAUUGUACGCGCAGGUCGUAUGGACAUACACCUUGAAUUGUCGUAUGCAACACAUCAUCAGAUGAGAAAAAUAUAUCGAAUGGUAAUGGAAGAUGAUGAUACAAGUCAACUAGAUGACAUAUGUCCAGAUCUAGAGAAUAUUCCAGAAUUCUGCAUCCCACCAAGUGAGAUCAUGCAGGUUAUGGUACUUUUUAGACACCAAGUAGAGCUUAUUCCCCUUCAGCUCAAAGAACUUGUCCGAAAAUAUAGCACUCCUUUAGUUUGUUAA